GUGAGUGACUCCUCAUCAGCUUAGGAACGGAUUUCCUUCAGAGCAGAAAAUCCUGGGAAGCCAAGGAUGAUGUUGGUUUUUGCGGCUCUGACUUGAGCAAGCUGAGCGUGCUGGCAUGAAGAAAAUGCCACAAGAUGAAAAUUCAAGUGUGAGGUGGUUCCUCUUUCAAGUAGCGAGGGAGAAGAGCGAGAGAGUUGACCUGAGAGAAAGUGCAAGUUUCCAAAAUCGCAUGAAUACCGCUGCGCGUCACGCCACUGGAUAGUGGAGAGGAUAAAGCGCACGGGAGCGCACAGCUAUUUCCUACUGUAAUCCAAAUGGACACCAGCACUCCCUCCUUCAACAUGGAUGACUACAGUUGGUCGAUAUCCCAGAAUGUCAGCAUGUCUUCCUCACCGUACCCCCACUACUCCAAUAUCUCACAUGGGGCUGCGCUAAUGCCCUUUGAUGUGAUCACCGCAGUCGUCUACACCAUCGUCUUCAUUGUGGGUCUUCUGGGUAACACGCUGGUCAUCUACGUGGUGGUUCGCUACUCCAAGAUGAAGACAGUAACCAACAUGUACAUCCUCAAUUUAGCCUUGGCGGAUGAACUCUACAUCCUGGGACUUCCCUUCCUGGGCACUAACAGUGUGCUUUCCUACUGGCCAUUUGGGAAUUUCUUCUGCAAGGUGUGGAUGACUGCUGACACCAUGAGCCAGUUCGCAUCCACCUUUUGCCUGACGGUGAUGAGCAUCGACCGCUACCUGGCAGUGGUUCAUCCUAUUCGCAGUGCCAAAUGGCGGAAACCACAGGUGGCCAAGGUUUCCAAUGCCAUGGUGUGGAUUGUGUCCUUUCUGGUUGUGCUGCCUGUCACAAUCUACUCACAUUUACAAGAGGAGUACAACACCUGCAACAUAACCUGGCCUGAGCCCCAUGAAUUGUUGUCCAUUGCCUUCAUCCUUUACACAUCCAUCCUGGGCUUCUUUGCUCCUCUGGUGGUCAUUUGCCUCUGCUACCUGCUCAUCGUCAUCAAGGUAAGGUCAGCAGGUGUGCGCGCAGGCCUGACUAGGCGGCGUAAGUCGGAGCGCAAGGUGACGCGCAUGGUGGUUAUCAUCGUGUUGGUGUUUGUGCUCUGUUGGCUGCCCUUCUUCACCACCAACAUUGUCAACCUGUUUCACACCAUCCCUGAGAACAAAACCACCGUCUACUUCUUCUUGGUCAUCCUCACCUACGUCAACUCCUGUGCCAACCCAGUCCUCUACGGCUUCCUCUCUGACAAGUUCAAUCAGAGCUUCCAGAAGGUGCUCUGCUUCCACAUACCAAAUAGUGUUUCCACUACAGACCAGAAGAGAGGUCAACAGAAGGGAAACCACAAUCCUAUUUUAACACCCAGAAAUCACAGACAGAAUGGAAAUGUGCUGAGCAUUCAGCAGCCUUUCCAGGAGGAGGUUAUUGAAGACCACGACAGUGAUCCUUCAAAAAUAGCGAUGAAUGGGCAGCAAUCGCUAUGAGCUUUCAAACUGACCCACAGUGCCCUAGAGUGCUACCACGUGGGACUUAUACUCCUGGACCUUGUGUUAAUUGAUAUAACCCGUCUUUGUUGCUGAUCCUCCCUCUCUGACUGGGACAUUUGUGGAGAAGGGCCGGAGGAGCAAAAUAGUGAAAGAAGACUACAUAUGGCAUUGUUUGUUCUUCAUGCGUUUCCACUAUAACCAGGUCGGCUGCAUUGUAGGUUUCACAGCAUUCAUUUAUGUAAUAAUGUAAGAUCUGUUUAAGCAAUAGUUUGACAUUUUUGGAAAUCCACUUAGCAAAUCUGGCAAAUACGUGUAUUUCCCAAAAACUGGAACUGUUACUUUAAGAAGAGAAACUCAGAGCAAUAGAGCGAUGGAAUUAGUACAUGUAAAUAUACAUUUACUAUGUGAGCCAUUAUAGUACAGGUCAUUUCACCCUGAUCAGUGAUGUUUUUCACCAUGCCUUUACUGGGUAUCAGGUUUAUAUUCAAAAACUCAGCCAUUGUUCUUUCCUUAAUUUACAGUAUUUAAUUUGUACUGCUAAUAGCUACAGUGAGCGCUGUUCUGUUUGACUUUCAUGACAAUUAUUUUUCUUUCGGCUUGUUAGUUUUUAUAGGCUUCUUGUGACAUUUUGACUUUGAUGUUACAAAGCUGUGAAAAAUGCCUUGAAAUAGCACAGCCAGGCAUUGUCCUCUAGUGGAUUUAUCUCUUCUCUCUCACAUUUCUGAAACAGCAUCUACUGGAGUGGAUGCCACACAUGGUGACUUAAAGGAGCAUAUCAUUUAUCCGAACCUCCGCAACAAACCUUAUCAUAUCUUUACUCACCAUUUAGUUGCCGGUCUACAAGCUCUGACAUUUGAUGCCGACAUUAUUUGGAAGUUGCUGGACAACUGUAAUUGAAACUUGAGCUGUUGACAAUGUUUAUGGUGAGGUCUUUGAAAAACUGCCCAGUAAGACGGACCUGUGGAAGCAUGGAGACCUUACAGGAAAGAAGGGAUUACUUUGUGUUAGAAACACUGUGAAUUUAAGAUAAUUGGUCAUUUUAAAUAUGGAGUCUUGAGUUCUGUGACAUCCCCAUCCCAUAUAUUUAUAUAUACAACAAAAAUACUAACUUAGUGAUUCUGAUUAAGAAGUGAAUCUUAAUAAACAACCGAGUCUGCUUUGCAUGGUCUCCCUGCAUUAACCCUACACAGUACAAUGUAGGGCGGCUGCAUGAAACAAAGCGUGCAUAUGGUGUGCAUUUAUCCCAUUAAGAGAUGUUUAUUGUCGCUGUGAUUGAUAUUAUGGCAGGUUCAUGUUUCAGACUGAAGCACUUUAUUGUUAUUUCCAGUUGAACACAGAAAAGUGGCAGCUUUACACUUAAAUGUUAAUGUCUCUCCACAUGAACCAAUUUAGCUUCUUUUUUUGAUUUGUAAAUGAAGUUAAAGUAGUUUUAUUGCAAAAGCAGAGUGAACAAGAAGAAGUGUCUUUCUUUUUCUCAAGGCAGAAAACAGAUUUGGAUGUAUUUUGACGUACAACUUCAGAACAAUGGCCUGCCACAAAAUAAAAUACUUACAUUAAAAUCUGGAAGGCUGUUGUCAGGAAAAUGAAGGGGACGAUUCAAAGUGUCUUUGUGGGCUGACUUUUUAUUUGUUGUUAUUGGUGGUGGGGUUUUAUUUGUUUUCAGGCUUUUUUCCCCCCAGAUUUAUGAUUUAGCAACCCUUUCACUGUUACUUUAAUAAAUGCAACUAUGUCAAAACACA